CAGGGGGGUGGGGCCACGAUUUGGUGUUUACAAACAACUGGAACUUCGCUGUUUAAGAGUUUUAAACAAAACACGUAGGCAGGAGGCAGAUCCCGCCGCGGGGGGCGAGGCGAAUGUGCCGCGCUGAAACCGAAGGGCCGGCAAGGCUUCCUCCCCCCGCCCCCGCCGGCCUCCCCCCUUCCCCCUCCCCCCGCUUCCCUCCGCCGGCCCGGGAAGGGAUCCGGCCCUCGCAGCGGGAGAGACGCAGAGAACAUGGCGGCCCCUGGAGCCACGGUCGCCGGCCUCUCGGCCCUGCUGCCCGCCCAGACCUCGCUGGAGUACGCGCUGCUCGACGCCGUCACCGCUCAGGAGAAAGACACCCUGGUCUACCAGUACCUGCAGAAAGUGGACGGCUGGGAGCAGGACCUGGCCGUGCCCGAGUUCCCGGAAGGACUAGAAUGGUUGAAUACAGAAGGUUCCAUUUCUGUCUACGAGGAUCUUUGUGGAAAAGUAGUAGUCCUGGAUUUCUUCACUUACUGCUGCAUCAACUGCAUCCACCUGCUGCCUGAUCUUCAUGCAUUAGAACACAAGUACACUGAUGAAGAUGGCCUUCUUGUUGUUGGUGUUCAUUCAGCUAAAUUUCCAAAUGAAAAGAUUCUGGAUAACAUUAAAAGUGCUGUUCUUCGAUAUAACAUUACCCAUCCUGUGGUUAAUGAUGCUGAUGCCAUCCUUUGGCAAGAUCUGGAAGUUUCCUGUUGGCCAACCCUGGUCAUACUUGGACCCCGUGGAAACAUACUUUUUUCUUUGGUUGGAGAGGGGCACAGAGAAAAAUUGUUUUUAUUCACUUCAAUGGCUUUAAAGUACUACAAAGACAGAGGACAAAUUAAAGAUAAUAAAAUUGGAAUAAAACUUUAUAGAGAUUCUUUGCCACCCUCAUCAUUACUUUUUCCUGGCAAAGUAACAGUAGAUGAUGUGUCUCAUAGGUUAGUGAUAGCAGACACUGGACAUCACAGAAUUUUGGUUGUUAGAAAGAAUGGACAAAUCCAGCACAGCAUUGGAGGUCCCAACAGUGGAAGAAAAGAUGGGACAUUUUUAGAGUCAACUUUCAAUUCUCCACAAGGUGUAGCCAUAAAGAAUAACAUAAUAUAUGUAGCAGAUACAGAAAACCACUUGAUAAGAAAGAUUGACCUAGAAACUGAAAUGGUGAGCACUGUGGCUGGCAUUGGAAUACAAGGCACAGACAAAGAGGGUGGAGCAAAAGGAGAAGAACAGCCCAUCAGCUCACCUUGGGAUGUAGUUUUUGGAACAUCAGUUUCAGAGGUCUGUAGAGAUGAUAUUCUGUGGAUAGCUAUGGCAGGAACUCAUCAAAUCUGGGCACUUCUUUUGGAUGACGGGAGAUUACCAAAGAAAAGUGAGUUGACAAAAGGAACUUGCCUUCGGUUUGCUGGAAGUGGAAAUGAAGAAAAUCGAAACAAUGCGUAUCCCCACAAGGCAGGCUUUGCCCAACCUUCAGGUCUUUCUGUGGCUUCUGAAGAACCUUGGAAUUGCUUAUUUGUAGCAGACAGUGAGAGCAGUACUGUCAGAACUGUCUCACUGAAAGAUGGUGCUGUGAAACAUCUUGUAGGAGGAGAGAGAGAUCCCAUGAAUUUAUUUGCUUUUGGGGAUGUCGACGGAGCAGGAAUCAAUGCGAAGCUUCAGCACCCACUUGGAGUGACUUGGGAUAAGAAAAGAAACUUACUUUAUGUGGCAGACUCCUAUAAUCACAAAAUUAAAGUUGUGGAUCCCAAAACAAAAAACUGCACUACGAUUGCUGGUACAGGAGAAGCAAGUAAUAUUAUCAGUUCAACUUCUAUAGAGUCAACUUUUAAUGAACCAGGUGGCUUAUGUAUUGGAGAGGAUGGUAAUUUGCUAUAUAUUGCUGAUACAAAUAAUCAUCAAAUUAAAGUGAUGGAUUUGGAAACAAAAAAUAUUUCUGUGCUCUCUAUCAUCAGUUCGGAAACUGCUGUUGUUGAUGGUCCAUUUCUAGAAAAGCAGGAGACAAUAAAACUACCCAAACUUCCUAAAUCUUCUCCAAAUAUUAAGCUUUUACCACUGACCGUAUCUCCUGGACAGAAUCUUCAGUUUAUAUUAAGAUUAGAUCUUCCUUCAGAAGCAAAACUGACUGAAGGAGCACCUAGUUUCUGGUUUCUAACAGCUGAAGGUAAUGAAUGGCUUCUUGAAGGACAGACUCCAUCAGGAGAAAUUAGGAGUCUUUCUAAGCAACCUGUGAUAUCUCUGAAGAUUCCUUGUAGUUGCUUGUCCUUUGAAGUAGUUGUGUCCAUCUGUGUGUGCCUCUAUUACUGUAGUGCAGACAGCAGUGCCUGUAUGAUGAAAGGAAUUCUAUUUAGUCAGCCAUUACAGAUUGCUAAUACAUACCACAGUAACAUACCUCCAGUAGAGUUGAGAUAUGUGUUUUAGACAGCCAAUGCUCCACAUUUCAGCCAGUCACUUUAACUUAUUGCUCACCAUUUUUAUUCAAGCAACCAAACAGAUGUCUUUCCUUCUGUCCCUUAUCACCUAGUAUUUAAGACAGAAUAACUUGAAAUUCAUUACUUUGUGAUAGCAUCUGCUGUUUAAGUAAAAUUAUAUUAAUUUUCUACCUAUUUAUUAUAUGGAGAAAUAUUCACAUUUUGUUUGUGGACUAGUUAAGUCCUAGGUCAUAGUUUGGACUGUGGCUCUGUAUGGAGUAUGGCUCUGUAAAAUAACUAUGUUCUAAAAAGAAAGGUCAUGUUUGAGCUCCAUAUUAGGACUGGUAAAAUUAGGUGCAGUUGAUAAAAUAUGAAGUACUUUAUCGAAUUUGCCUUUAUUAAACUCUGUAGGAUCUUUCAGUAAAUCCACAGGACCUUUCACAGGAACCACGAUUAGGUCUCUAAAAUUUUGUAAAGAAUUGUCUGAAUCCAAAGCAUAGGUUCUUUCUUAAACUAAAAACGGUUCUUCUAUCACAGUAAAAUUUUAAAGUGGAACUUAAUUAAUGAAUUUACUCAUUGUUCUCUCCUGUGAAUAUCUGAAUUAUAGUAUGUAUUUAAAAUGUAGAUUUUACCUAUUAUAGGCAAACUUAGUCUGCUGCUCUUAUACCAUCAUGUUUGCCUUAUAUGAAGAGGAUAGCCUUAGGAAAAAAUUACAGAGAUUGCAUUUGAACACACUUUUUUGAAAGCUUCUCUUUGAACUUGGGCUGAAAUUCUUACUAUAGUUAUACCAAACAAUGAAUGUGGUCCAGCAAAUGUUCUAGUUUUGCAAGGAAAAGGAUUUUUUUGUGUGUUACCAUUUAUAGGAACAUCAUUAGAGAAUUCAGUGUGAAUCAAAUCAACACUGUACCUCAUGAACUUUUUAUCCUUCUGUAUUAAUAGGAAACACAAAUAUAUUUGAUCUCUUUUCUUUCUUCCAGAAUUAAAAUUCUAUGAAUUUUGUGUUAUUUUUUAAAACAGCUCUUUAAGUAUUCAAAGUGGAAACACUCUACUACUGUUGCUAGAUGUGGUAUAUUGUACAAACUAAUUCUCCAUACUGUCAAAGCUGGGUUUAGGUUGUUCUGAUGAUCUUUCUUUUCUCUUUUACUAAAAAGAACAACCUUUGAGGACACUUAGAAGGGCUGCUUUUUUAUUAGUAAGCCAUAAAAGCUUAUUUUUUAUGCUAUUGAAAUAACUGUAAAAUGUGUACUAGAAUGAGAAUGACAUUUUCCCCUAAAUUAUAAUUUUAAAAAUAUCUUCAAGGCUUUUCCUGACACCUUUUAGUUAAUUGUUGAGAUGGUUUGUCAUAUCUGUUACUUUCUACAACAACCGAACCUGCUUGCGAUUUGAUCAAAUGUCUUGUUCUUAAAAACAUCAAGGGAUCCAUAUUAAUUCAUUCAGUUGACAAAUACUUAUUGAGCAUAUGGAGAGGUAGGCUUUUUUUUUCCUUUCAUGAAACUGAAUAUCAUGAAGAUCUGUAUCUAUGGAACCAUUGCUAGGAUGUGAAAUAUAAUUAAAUAUUACUGGCCCAUUUUUCUAUAUUGAUAAUUAAGUUGUCAAUUUGAAAUAAUUGUCUGCUGUCAUCUCAUGGUUGAAAUUCUAGUUAAGGAUUUAGCUUAAUCAGGAAAUUUAAGUUAGAUUGUUUAUUUGCUAAAUCUGUCCUUUAAGAAGACUUCAAAAUAUAUGUGGGGGAAACAACCUUGGAUUCUAUGUCUUAUUAGCUCAUAAUUUCUUUCACAAAACAAAAGAAUGAGCUUCAAUACCAAAAGUUGGCGUACUCUUAUUCCCAUUGUCAUAGCAUUCUAACUUGGCCAGAAAGAAUAGUACUCUAGAUUCUCGUUUGAUUUAUUGGAUUUGUCUUUUCCGGUUGGUCAGGAUGAGAAUACUCUGGCUCAAUCAUUUCCUAUUCCAAAAGAACAUAGAUGCUUUCACAUGUUCUCCAAACGUACACUUAACUUAGUUCAGAAAUAUUUUUAAAGGUAAAUAUAUUAACAAGUAUACUUAAUUAUGUGCUCUCAAAAAGAAUACUUAUUUCAGAAAUAUUUUCUUAUAGAAACUAUAUUUACAUGUUUAUUAUUUUUAUAUAUUAUUAAAAGAUAUUCAAGAUACUUUAUUUUUAGAACUGAUUUUUCUCUUUUUCAGACUAUGUUUAUGUCUUUAAUCUUUGAAGUAUAAUUUUUAAAAAUUAUUAUCAUGCUACCAACUGCAACUUUUUUCUCAUUGAUAACACUUGUUUAUCAGAGACUAAUCAAAUUGGUGAAUAAACCACAGGAUAUGUUCUUUUAAACAACACUAAAAUGACCAGGAUUGAAGAAAAUAAAAUUUUAAUUGAUUAUCAAAUUGAAACAAGUAUAAGGAAUAAAGAGCAGACAGUUGGGGAUAAUAUUUCUUUGGUUUUGCUGUAUUCAUUACCUUUUGCACAUUUUUUUAUUUUUGCUUGGCAGCUGCUUAAUUUAAUUUGCCCAGUGAUGGUGUUGUUAAUCAGUCACAUUUCAAUGAAAAGAAAUGUACUUAAAUGUCUAUAAUAAGGUAUUUGCUCACAUUUUUUAACAAAAUAAAUAAAUUUUUUAAAGCAAACUCAAAAUAGAGGUAGUACUUAUACAAGGUCAUUCUGCUCAUUUGUAGCCAUUUUUAAUUUUUUUUCUUAAUAGCAGCAUUGUAUAGAUUAUUUGUGGGAUUUCCGUGAUUUUAUCCACAUGAACUCAGUGUUGCUGUAGUUCAUGCCAAAAAGAAAUAUUUAUUUUAAAUAUACUGUUCUAUCUUGGUCAAGUGCUUAAUCUGUUUACAAAGAAAAGGCUAUUCUGAUUUUAAAUAUAGGUUGCAACAAAUAGUACACAAUAGGCUACUGUUAUACCUUGGCUCAUUUAAAAAUAUUCUUAAUGUUUAAUAAGAAGGCAAAGUUGAAAAUUUUGAAGUAUCCAAUUUUUUUUAUUAUAGUGGCCUACCUACAGUUAGUAAUCUUCUUCCUCAUUUUCAUUUGUCUUUGUGAUAAAUACAAUUAAGAGUUCAUAGUGUCAUUGAAGUAAGGAAGAUUUUUUAAUACAGUAAGAAAAUAUGAAAUUAUACGUGAAAAAAUUUAAAAUUUUCACUAUAUGAUAAAAAAAAUUUCUUAGCUUCUAGUACAAAAAAACCACCCAUUGGUCUGUAUUCGUGUUUGAAACUUUUGUUUAUACUUAACAACUACCACCAUUAUUUAACUGGUUUAAACCUAUUUUUGACUCAGUUGUCAUUCAUUUACAUGUGAAGACAAUUUAAUGUAGUUGAACAUACUGUAGUGCUCUGUAUCUUUUAGCAUCCUCAAGAUAAACUAUGACAAAGUAAACACUAAUAUUUUACAGCAUUUUUUUUAAAAAAUAAGAUUUUUGGAACAAUUGUUAACCAAUUUUAUCUUUCCUAAACUGUAUAUUCUGGAGAAGUAUGAAAAUGGAAUUGAUCAUGCCAUUUUUGCUCCUUCAUUAUUAAUUUACAUACUUUAGUUCUUUGAAAAAAUUUUUUCUGACAGCAUUUCUUUUAAGUAAGUAGGAACAUAAAUAUACCGAUAUCUCACUACAUAAUAAUGCCUUUGGAAUCCAUGUUACAGAACCCAAAGUAGACACAUCUCAUUCUGAAUUUUAUAGCAAGUGUUGGAAUUUUAUUUAAUACAUCUAGAAUCAAAUAAGACAUUUCUCAUAUAUACUUUUCCCAGAAGAAAAGACUAAUUUUCUCUUUUUAAAAUUUAUUCUAAAGAGAAAUAGUUUCUCCUUUUAUGCUUUUUAAAAGUCCUGAUAAUAAUUAAAAUCAGCGUUAGCCAUAGUCUAUCAAUAUGUCUAACAAAAAAAAAUUACUUAACAAUGAUUUCCUUAAAGGAAAUUUAAAAUACUGAUAUUUAUAAUACCAGUGAUACUGAAAUUAAACAUGAAUAUUUUAGCUAUAUUGUCUCCUGAGCUUUGUUGCUGUAGCAUUCAGGGUCUGAAAUAGUUCACAUUUUUAAUAGUUCAUUCCUUAGAUAUUUCAUAGGCCCUUUUUUUCCUCAGAUUCAUACAAUGCCCAGAAUACUGUGAGAAAUUUUACAUUCCUGGCAUAUGUAGCCCAUUCUAACAACUUCCCAUUGUGGGGGUUCAAUAACUUUGCAAUGUUAACUGUUCUACUAUUGCUAUCUUAAUUAUCCUUAGAAAUAUAAUUAAGACCUUGUUGUAAAGACACAUUCAAAAAUGAAUUCCUGAGCACAGGAUUGUUUGGAAUUCUUAAAGAGUUUCAUGAAUAUUCAAGUAAGAAAAGUUUAAUAAAAGAUCUAGAAACUCUUAAUAGGCUAACCUGUUAACACAUAUAUAAAAUGCCUCAGUUUUAUAUGUGGCACUGUAUGAACUGUAUUACACAAAUAAAACAGACCUAUAGCAGCUAGUCUUCUGCUCUUCUACCCCCACCCCAUGACAAUACACUUCAACAGGCAUUAGGGAUCCUGAUUGCCCUUUACUACAGCCUAUCUGAUCCUUUAAUUAAUCAUUAGGCUUUCUUGUGAAAACAAUAUAGUGUCUACUAAGUUGUGAUCCCAAAUUGCCCAGGUUCAGUAAUGAAACCUUUUCCAUUAUCAGCUCAUUGCUCUCCUAUGAUUAUGAUCCUCAAAGCUAUUUUCAGUAAUUCUGCCACAAAGCCCCAUUCUAAAAAUCAGCAUUGGGAUAAAUUGGUGUUGUAUUUAAAGAAUGAUGCUUGGGGGAGAUUCUGGACCAGAAGUCCAGACACUCAUUGUAGUUGUGGCUGUGGCACUACCUGGUUGUGUGACCUUGGGCAGAGCAUUUAAUCUCCACAGGCCUCAGUUUCCUCAUCAGCAAAAUGACAGCCCUUCCAGCUCCAACUUGCAGUGGUUACAGGUAGUUCAGGUAAAGCAUUCAAUUCAUUAGGUGCAACUGAUUGAUAGUAAGCAAGAUUCCCUUUUCCUUGUUCUUAUGUGAUGAUUCCUUGAUGUGAAAUAAUUGGACCUUGAGAAUAUGUAUAGUAAUAUGUUAAUUUGGUCAAAAACUUUUUUUAAAAAAUUCAUUCAAUAGAGUCAUGUGAAGGGGGGGGUAAUUUGAAAUUUAGAGAUUUAAGCUAAUGUUUUACGUGUUUAAUCCCUACUUAAUUCACUUGUAAUCUGUGGUGAACAAACCCUGGACCUGUUAAAAGAUCAGGUCAGACUAGCUGCUGGUGGUUCACUGUUUUGCCUGUAGAUAGAUGAAAUAAAAAGAAAUAAAAUGGCAGUCUCUGUUCAGGUCUUCAGAAUGCACUCCCCUCGGUUCUUAACUGUUGAUUUGGUUUAAUUAUUUUCAAAGGUUAAUACCAUGAAGUCAGAGCUGGAAAGUUAAACCCCAGAUACUUGUUGUGGAAUGUUUGCAUAGCUAUAGUUAGGCAUUGUUUGAUGUGUACCUCUUCUUCAUUGGCAUGCUGCUUUCAAGUAUAGCAGAGGGCAUUUUGUUCUGUUGAAAACUCCAGGACAAAGAGAAAGAAUUAUAGGUAUUUCUAAAUUUAUUUCCCUACCUAGACCACCAACCAUAUGCUUUAAAAAAAACACACACUUCAGCAAUAUGCCCUUUUAACAGUUUAACUUAAUUCAUAUGAGUUAGAUUUCUUCAGCUCUGGGUAGCAUGUUUUCUGUAGCCCGCAUUUGCCCUAUUGAUCUAUAUAGUUAAGCAAGAUUUGGCCAUUCGAGUUUGUUUUACCUGAAAGAGUUAAAAUUGUCAUCACAAUGGAUGAAUAGUAUGGACAAGACUAGAGUAAUGCUGUGCUUCCCCCCCCCCCAUCCCCAUAGCCUAGAGUAUAUUUAGCAUUUAAAAGUAAGUGAAAUCUUUGUAUCUAGAAACAGAAGAACAAGUAUUCUGUUUGCAUGGUUUCAUUUGAUUUGACUUCUCAUAAGAAAUAUGUAUUAAGGUAUAUAGUUGAACAAAAACUGAAUAGUCAAUAUUUGUGAGGGCAUGAAUUGAAAAGCUCUGCUUAUUGAAGUCUUAUACUGUCAUAUAUGACACUGUUGUAUAAUACUGUCAUGUAACAACAAUAUGUGUGAUUGUUUUAGGUAUUUUAACAGUCUUUGUGCCAGUGGGAGAAGCAUUCAGUGGCUCUGUGCAGUAAUGUGUACCUGCUGUUAUGUGGUCUGCAACACUUUACUAAGCUUAGCCCAGAUAAUUUUUUUUCUGAUAAAGGAUUGAAAUGUCUCCCUAAAUGAAUACUAUUAAAAUCAGUCAUCCACAUUUAUCUAUUUCAAAAAUACCCCCCCUAUUUUCUCAGCACACCAUAAUCCUCAGUCUUUAUACAGCAUACAAAAUACAUUUUACUAGUAUGUGCUUAUAUUUGAAGAAAGUUAACUAGAUAUAUAAGCACCAGAGAAUAACAGGAUGGCUUUGUUACCAUGAGUCAUUAUCUCCCUAAGCAUAUAGCAGUGGACACUGGUGUGGCAGUUAGGAAGCCACCUUGGGAUUUUAAAACUGCUGUAGUUGGGGCAGCUAGGUGACACAGUGGUUAGAGCAGCAGCCCUGGGGUCAAGAGUACCUGUGUUCAAAUCCGGCCUCAGACACUUAACACACACUUACUAGCUGAGUGACUUAACCCCAAUUGCCUCACUAAAAACAAAAAACAAAAAAACCCAAAACCUUCUGUAGUUAAGCCACAAUAUGGAUAAUGUAAGAUUGACUCUGAUUUCAACUUCUUAUUUUGAAUUGAACAGUUUAGAACAUUUCUUCAAACUGCAUCCUCAAACUGGACACAUUGAGGAGCCUUGGGCUUUUCCUAUUGUUUGUGUUGUAUAAAAAGUUAAGAAUUGCAUUUCUGAGUUGGGCUGCCAUGCUGUCUUUUUCAUAUCUGUCAUUCCAAAUGUUUGAUUCAAAUCUUUUGAUUUCAUUUUAUUUUGCUUUCUAAAGAUAAAAUGCAGUAAAGUUCUAUUUAAAUAGGACAAAAUGACUCUAGAUAUAUGUGAUGUUAUCUUUAGACAGAAUUGUUUUAAAAUAUGCUGUGCAUUUGUAAAGUACUUUAUGUGGACAGAUGAAUAUUUUUAUACUGUGCUAUUCAUUUUAAUAUUUCUACAUUUUAAAGCUGAUUUUCUUAAUCUUCACUAUGAAUUUUAAAGCUAUGAGAGAAUGGUCUUUAUUACCCAAUGAAGAGAAGUAUAAAACUUGUGGUUGAUACAAAGUAUGUGCUUAUGCUGUAUAUGCACUGAAAUCUGUCUCCUUUUCUAAAGCUUUGUACUUUUUUCAUUAAACAGAUGUAAUAUUUUCUCUCUAA